CCACCAUGCCUUGCGUACUCCCACCCCGAGCCCUCGGCCGGCCCCUCAUGCCCAGUAGGAACAGGGAACAAGUAUUAGGAUUGAGUCCCCCCUACCGGAACCUGAUUCCGCCCCGCACUAUUAGGCAAUAUCCCUGUGCCCCAGAAGGAUCCGCUGUGAGAAGUGUCCCGCUCCAGCAGCUGCGCAGGGAACAAAACUUCCAGGGGACGAGUGACGGCAACAAGGGAUCCAAGUGAGACGCGACACGGCCAAGGAGGCAGCCCGGAUUGAUCGCAAGUGACUUCUCCGCAUGUGCAAUAGGCUGAACACUUACCGACGCCUUCAAACUUUGCUUUGGGGGAUCUCCAGCUCCCACACCCAGGAAUAGCCCUCCCCUCCCGCGGAGUAAGGCGCGACCCUCCCAUCUCUGACCUUCAGUCGGGAAGUUCCAAGUCGGCUCCAGGAGGAGGGAGCGGCCGAGCCCUUAUGUGCUGGAGGAUGCGGGCCCCGGUGGUGGCCGUGAUGCUGCUACUGCUCGGGACAGUGCGGGCCGCAAUGGAUGAAUGUUAUGAGGAAGGGAGACCCCAGCGCUGCAUGCCCGAGUUUGUGAAUGCGGCGUUUAACGUGACAGUUGUAGCCACCAACACGUGCGGCUCUCCCCCGGAGGAGUACUGCGUGCAGACCGGAGUCACCGGCGUAACCAAGUCGUGCCACACCUGCGACGCCAACAACUUUCACCUGCAACACGGCGCCGACUACCUGACUGACUAUAACAACCAGGCGGAAAUCACGUGGUGGCAGAGCCAGACUAUGCUGGCCGGGAUCCAGUACCCCAACUCCAUCAACCUGACCCUGCACCUCGGAAAGGCCUUUGACAUCACUUAUGUGCGGUUGAAGUUCCACACAAGUCGCCCUGAAAGCUUUACCCUCUACAAGCGAACGCGAGAGGAUGGGCCGUGGAUUCCAUACCAGUAUUACAGUGGCUCAUGCGAGAAAACCUACCAAAAGUUCAAUAGAGGCUUCAUCCGCACUGGAGAGGAUGAACAGCAAGCAUUGUGUACUGAUGAAUUCAGUGAUAUCUCACCAUUAACAGGGGGCAACGUGGCCUUUUCUACCCUCGAGGGACGACCCAGUGCUUACAAUUUUGACAACAGCCCUGUAUUACAGGAGUGGGUGACUGCUACAGAUAUUCGUGUGACCCUGAACAGAUUGAACACGUUUGGAGAUGAAGUUUUUAGUGACCCUAAAGUGCUCAAAUCUUACUAUUAUGCCAUUUCUGACUUUGCUGUCGGGGGCAGGUGUAAAUGUAAUGGCCAUGCCAGCGAGUGCGUGCGUAAUGAGUUUGAGAAGCUUGUGUGCAACUGUAAACACAACACUUUUGGCAGUGACUGUGAGAAAUGCUUACCCUUCUAUAAUGACCGGCCCUGGAGGAGAUCAACUGCUGACAGUCCUAACGAGUGUCUUCCCUGUAAUUGUAAUGGACGCUCCCAGGAGUGCUACUUCGAUCCGGAACUGUACCGCUCUACAGGACAUGGUGGACAUUGCAUUGGCUGUAUUGACAAUACUGAUGGGCCAAACUGUGAGCGGUGCCGUGAGAAUUAUUAUCGUCAGAAUAGCAAUGAGCCCUGCCAUGCCUGUCAAUGCAACCCUGUUGGCUCUCUCAGUACUCAGUGUGACAACUUUGGACGCUGUAGCUGCAAACCUGGUGUGAUGGGGGAGAAAUGUGACAGAUGCCAGCCUGGCUUCCAUUCGCUUACUGAAGCUGGUUGCAGGCCCUGUGCAUGUAAUCCGGCAGGCAGCACAGACGAAUGCAAUGUAGAGACAGGCCGCUGCAGCUGUAAGGAUAACGUGGAAGGAUUCAACUGUGAGAGAUGUAAACCAGGAUUCUUCCACCUGGAUGAGGCUAACCCACGAGGCUGUACUCCAUGCUUCUGCUAUGGCCAUUCCUCGGUGUGUAGCAGUGCAGAAGGAUACCGUGUCAGCAGCAUUGUCUCCACAUUUGAGAGUGGCGUGGAGGCCUGGACGGCACAACAGAGGGAUGGAUCUGAAUAUUCACUAUCCUGGGUUUCUGAAAGCAGUGCAGUUUCUGUCAUUUCUGAGAGCUACUUUCCCAUUUAUUUCAUUGCACCAGCAAAAUUUUUAGGAAACCAAGGUGCAAGUUAUGGGCAGAACCUCACUUUUAGCUUCCGUGUGGAACGCCGGGAUACUCGACUUUCUGCAGAGGAUCUUGUGCUAGAAGGUGCCGGACUCAGGGUAUCUGUGCCUCUCAUUGCCCAGGGAAACUCCUAUCCCAGUGAAAGUACUCAACCCUAUGUGUUCAGGAUGCAUGAAGCCACUGACUAUCCAUGGAGACCAUCAGUUUCACCUUUUGAAUUUCAGAAGUUGUUGCAGAAUCUUACAGCAAUCAAGAUCAGAGGAACCUACAGUGAACGCAGUGCUGGAUUUCUAGAGGAGGUCAGCCUGGUAACUGCUGAGGCAGGUGUUGGUCCUUCUGCCUCAUGGGUGGAGAUGUGCAGCUGUCCCAUUGGCUAUAUUGGGCAGUUCUGUGAGAGGUGUGCUUCUGGCUACCGAAGAGAGAACCCAAGCCUGGGACCUUACAGUCCUUGUGUGCUGUGUACAUGUAAUGGCCACAGUGACACAUGUGACCCUGAGUCUGGUGUCUGUGACUGCCAACAUAACACCGCAGGUACUCACUGUGAGAGAUGCAGUGAAGGUUAUUAUGGAGACAGCACAACUGGUAGCGCAUCCGACUGCCAACCCUGUCCAUGCCCAGGAGGGUCAAGCUGUGCUGUUGUACCAAGGACAAAGGAGGUCGUUUGUACUAACUGCCCCCUGGGGACUACAGGAAAGCGUUGUGAGCUGUGUGAUGAUGGCUACUUUGGAGACCCACUUGGUGCAGAUGGAGCCCCCCGACCAUGUCGUAUUUGUGAGUGCAGCAACAACAUCGACCCCAAUGCUGUUGGUAACUGUGAUCGUCUGACUGGAGAGUGUCUGAAAUGUAUCUACAACACGGGUGGAUUUUACUGUGACCGAUGCCAAGAUGGCUUUUAUGGGAACCCUCUGGCCCAAAACCCUGACAUUAAAUGCAGAGCUUGCAGUUGUAACCAGUAUGGAACUGUCAAGGGACAAAGUGGCUGCAACCAGGUGACUGGACAGUGUGAGUGCCUGCCUCAUGUCACAGAACGGGAUUGUUCAGCUUGUGAGCCAGGAUUCUACAACCUGCUGAGUGGCGGUGGCUGUGAAAGAUGUGAUUGCCAUCCCCUAGGCUCCACCAAUGGUCAGUGUGAUGUUCAUACAGGACAGUGUGAGUGCCAUCCUGGCAUUAGUGGCCAACAAUGCCAGCAGUGUGAGCCAAACCACUUUGGAUUCGGCCCAGAAGGCUGCAAACCCUGUGACUGUGAUCCUGAAGGCUCCAGUUCUCUUCAAUGUAAAGAGGAUGGCCACUGUGAGUGCAACAGUGGAUUUGUCGGCAUCCGCUGUGAUCAGUGUGAGGAAAAUUACUUCUAUAACAGAUCUGGUCCAGGGUGCCAGGAGUGUCCCGCUUGCUAUCGGUUGGUUAAAGAUAAGGUGAAUGAGCAACGGGCAAAGUUGCAGGAACUAGAGGAUCUCCUGAAGAACUUGGGUACAGGAGAGGAAACCAUUACCGACCAGGCUUUUGAGGAGAGGCUCAGAGAGGCUGAAAAAGCUGUGACUGACCUUCUCCUGGAUGCCCAGAGCAGUAAAGAUGUAGAUCAGGGCAUGCUGGAUAGACUUGCAGAGAUAAACACUACUUUGAGCUUCCAGUUAGAACGUCUGCAGAACAUAAGAGAUAUGAUCCGUGACACAGACAAGCAGGCACAGGAAGCCAGAGAUCGAGUAGAGGGCACAGAACUAAUCAUUGAAUCUGCAAGAGCACAACUAGAAAGAGCCAAGGUGGCCAUUGCCAAUGUGUCAAUUACCCCACCAGAGACAACUGGAGAUCCAAACAAUAUGACACUGCUUGCAGAAGAAGCAAGGAAGCUAGCUGAAAGGCAUAUGCAGGAAGCUCGGGAGAUUGAGAAGGCUGCUAAGGAGGCCAAUGACACUGCAAAUGAAGCACUUCGCUUGUUACAAAAAACUCUUGCUGCAGAGAAUCAGACAGCCUUAGAUAUUGAAGAACUAAAUCGCAAGUAUGCACAGGCUAAAGACAUAGCCCGGGAGCUGGAAAAGCAGGCUAGUAAGGUGCAUGCAGAGGCUGAGGAGGCUGGCAACAGAGCGCUGCAGAUUUAUGCCAAUUUGACAUCACUUCCCCAAAUCGAUACCACUGCUUUACAGAAUGAAGCAGACAAGAUCCAGAAAGAGGCAGAAGAGCUGGAUUCUUUGAUUGACAGAAAGAUGCGAGACUAUGAGGAUCUGCGAGAGGACAUGAGGGGUAGAGAAAUGGAAGUCAAAAAUCUGUUAGAUAAAGGAAAGACUGAGCAGCAGACCGCCGACCAGCUACUUGCCCGAGCUGAUGCAGCAAAAGCACAAGCAGAGGAGGCUGCAAAGAAGGGACGUGAAACACUGCAAGAAGCUAAUGAUAUACUUAACAAGCUGAGAGAUUUUGACAAGCGAGUGAAUGACAAUAAGACCGCAGCAGAAGCUGCUUUACGCAAGAUACCGAUGAUCACCCAGACCAUUGCAGAGGCUAAUAACAAGACACGACAGGCAGAGAGUGCACUGGGCAAUGCUAAUGCUGAUGCACGGGGGGCAAAGAGCAAGGCAGAGGAGGCAGAAGCACUAGCCAAUACUGUCCAAAAGAAAGCAGCCACUGCCAGGGCUGAGGCUGAUAACACCUUCAAGGAAGUGACUGAUUUGGAUGGGGAGCUCCAAGAUAUGCUGAAACAGCUACAAGAAGCAGAGACUCAGCUGAAGAAGAAGCAGGCUGAAGCAGAAAAUGAUGAGAAAAUGGCUGAAAUGGCCUCUAAUGCAACGCAGGAAGCUGAAUCAAAUGCCAACAGGGCCAAAAAGUCUGUUAAUGGGGUUCUUGUGAUGAUCGAUGAGUUGCUCUCCCGACUCGGGCAGCUAGAGUCUGUGGAUGUUGGACAACUCACUGAACUGGAGAGGACGCUGGACGAUGCAAAGAACCAACUAAGUGACAGUGAUUUGGACAGAAAACUAGCAGAACUUCAGGAGUCUUCCAACCUACAGAAAGCUGCACUAGAAUCAUAUGAUCAAGACAUUAAGCAGAUCCUUCAAGAUAUAGAUAAUCUUGAGGAUAUUAGAAAGACCUUGCCUGCUGGCUGCUUUAACACCCCUAUUAUCGAAAAGCCUUAAAGCCAACCCACUUGGGAAAUUAGGUUGGAGGAUUUUUCUUUCCUCAGCAGCCUCCACAUUUGGCUGUGAAGUGCCUUAUUACUCACCCAACCCAGACUUCUUGCCCUGUACACUGUUCACUCCCUGCCCUCUGUAUGUUGAACUGAAUGAAAAGUUUCAACAUCUGAAAAUUGUUCUCUUUAACAUCAAACACCCAUUUUAUCCUGUGUGCCAUGAGGCACAUUUCUGAAAUUGCUUUGGUUCCUCCUCUGGAGAUAUAAAUUAGAAUUUGUAUGUGGCUGAGGGAAACAGCAGCCUGCAGAUCUCAACACUCCGCAGUGCAUAACAAGUCCUCUGUGCUAGGAGACCAAACUCCCACGUGCCAUGGAAGGAACAGUGAGUGUAAGCAAGUCUUAAACCUGAGAUUAAUUGCUUCAGUUCUGGUGGCAUUUUAUUGGCCUGUAGCUCUAGCACUAAUGGGAAUAAUGGAGACUUGCUUUGAUACCCUUUUCAAAAAAAAUAAAUAAAAAAACAUGUAGCAAACUCUCCAUUCUAAAAAUACAAUCCUUUUUCCCUUUCCCUGCACUAUCCAAUGCCUGGACUCCAACUCUGUAGUCUAGCCACACAGCCAGUAUAAUCCCCCAUAGAACAAAAAGCCACACUAAUGUAGAAACAGUCUAUUGUAGCUGCUGCACCCUUAGUGAACAGAUGCUGGAGCAACCCUUUCCCGAUCAUAUGUAACAGUGAAUUUAAAUGUAUUGGCAUCUCAGAACUGAUAAUGAAGAAAGGGACACAGCUACAUUCCCAUUCCAUGAUGAGCAGAUUAAAGGAGAGUGAAUGUACUCCUGUCUAAACUGUGUUCUUCAUAGCACAGCAUGGGGUUACACCUAGCCGUUCAUUUGAACAAGGUUUGGAAUGUCGGACUAUAAAGCAGAUGAGCAUUUAUUUCGUAGACUUCCUAAUUACAGUUUUGUUCCAUCUAUUUGCAGGCAAUCCAUAAACACCAUUCUGUUAUUUUUAUACUGCUUUAUAUAGAUCUUAGCUUUAAAGAACACAGGAGGUUACAUGACCUUCUAUUUCUUUUUAUAAUAAUAUUAAUCUGCCUUUUUCCCAUAAAUAAUACUAAUGUCCCCAUGCAGUGUGGUGUUACUUUAGUUGAGACAAUAAAUAUGCUGUAAAUAAUGUUAUGUACAGCAUUCUAUGUUCUCAGAAGGGAAGGGUAACACACGUGUAUCCGAAUGUGAAAUGUGCCCUUGUGCAUCGGGCGCCUUCAGAGCUUUAAGCCAAUCACUUCUUUGUCAGCUGCUGGGGUGGAUGACAUACCUUGCAUUUAUAGCAGUAUGAAACGUCCUACUCGUGUAUAAAAGCCAAUAUAUACAGAAGACAAGAGGUUGUAUAAAAUAAGCUAUACUUUCAGACUUCUUUUUUUUAUUAAAAAUCUGUUAAGCUUUAUGGUUCACGUAACAAAAACAAAUAUAUCCUAUUCUGCUGCCUGUCUGCUAUCUGAAGGGGUGACUAGGGUUGCCACCUUUUUAGAAAAACAAAAGCAGAAUGCGUCAUCGGUAUCUGGAGCCACUUCCAUAGAACUUUUAUCUGCUUAAUCUAGUGGUAGAAUGCAGAAUUCAUUAUUAAUAGAAGUAACUAAAUACUGUAGUAAAUAAAGAAUUAUCCCAUAAAACAAGUGACCGUGUUCCUUGAAGUGAACACUGCUUAUAGAAUGAAGGUAUACUUGCCCAUUUAAAUGGAGUGUAUGAUGAUACUGUUACUAGCAUCGGAGUGACAUACCCUAAGAACAUUUUUAAAAAUAAUGAUGGAGAUAUUGGUGAACAUUUCCCUGGUUUAUGCUUUUAAUGGCUGUAGGCUUAAAUUCCUUUCUGAAGAAUGAAUGGCGUGUGUCCCCUCUAGUUCUGAGACUCCAUACCUCUGUUACACUUGGUCUCACACAGCAGUCCCUCUUCCUAAGGACACACUUUUACGUCCCCUCCCUGGGGCACUCGGGAGGGCUGAGGGUGGAACCCUUUUAAUUACACUGGUGCUAUUAAUGAUUUUGAAAUUGCUUGAUUAAUGUGUGUUCUAUUUUUUUGUAUCCAGAUUAUAAUGUCUAUUUUGUUUCAGUUUAUCUCUGUUAAUAUAUUCUUAUAUAGUGGGGAGGGGGGAGGGAGAAAGGGGUUCUUUAUUGUAGCUGUCACUGCUUUCUAAGCUGUGCCCCAAUCAUGUCUCCCUCUACUCCCAUUCUCCAUUUUCUACCUUUUGUCUAUCUCCCCAGAACUUGAUGUAAAUCAGACCUCCAAAAUUAGACACUUGACAGUACAUUAGUGACUCACAGUUUCUGCUCAUCCGGACCCCAGAUUUGUGUUUCCUUUUUUAUGACACCUUUUUACCUCUGAUUGUAAAGUCCAUAUUAUAGUCCUUUUUUAUGUCAGAGAUGCUUCUGCUCCAACACAGAAGAAGCAGAUGAAGGAGGCGCUACCCCUGGCAAUCUUGCUUAGCAGCCGCUCAUACUGGACUUUUAUUGGGCAUGAGAUUAUGCAGGAGAGUUCAUCUGUGGUCAUUAUUUUUGUCCAGGGGGGAAGGGGGUUCAACAGAAACAAACCACCUUUUAUAUGUAUAAAACAGUAUUUCUUAUUUAUAAUAAAUUGAAUAUUUGUAA